UCUUUGAGACCUAGGGCCCAAGUCACAGAAGAAAAUGCAGGGCUUAUACCAGGCUGCUGGCCAGAUUCUCAUCACUCUGGGGGCUCUCAGUGUACUCUCUGGAGUUAUUGCUUUCUUCCCAGUCUUUUCCUACAAGCCUUGGUUCACAGGAUGGAGUGUCUGGAUUGCCUGCCCCAUCUGGGAUGGAGCCUUGGCUAUCACAACUGGUGUACUCCUGCUGUUGGCUCACAAAGAGUGGACCCAGAGAUAUCUGUGGAAAGCUGGUUUCACCUUUGUGAUUCUGAGCAUUAUGGGAUGUGCCCUUCAUUUUGCAGUGGCCUUGGAAUCUGCUCUCCUUGGCCCAUAUUGCUUCUACUCAUUUUUGGGGAUUGCAGGGACCAAUUACCUUGGUUAUGCAGUUGCCUUUCCUUUUCCGUAUGCAAAAUUCCCAUCAGUUUGUGUAGACCCACCACACUAUGAAGAGUACCAUCUGACACUUCAAGCCUUAGACUUGUGCCUGAGCUCUGCCAUGCUCUGUGUGUCCCUGACCAUGUUCUUCAAGCUUUCUGCAAGACUUCUCUGGAAUGGACACAUAAAUGGUCAAAAGAAUGGACAAUAAAUUUGAAGCAAUGUUUCCUCUUAAAUUUGUCAUAUUUGUGACCAUUAUUUUGAAACAUUAUUUUGUGAUCUUUAAAAUUUUUCCCUCUAUGUUCUUAUAAAAUAAAAAUUAAAUUGUACAUGUUAGCUCUUUUUUGAUUAACAUUGUUUUUUCUGAUUUAUAUGCUAUGACAUAAAAAUUGAAAUUAUGUCUGAAAUAUAAUUGGCAGUGAAUGAAUGUUUUCUUUAAAUUCCUCUUGUUCACUGUGUGAUGUUUCAUUAAACUGUAAUUUCAUAUUGCACAAAUUAA